AUGUCUUACACAGAGCUAGAUAUUGCCGAGUCUUAUGAUGAUCCAAUAUUGACUCUCGCCAGAGACGCAAACCUAAAUAAGGAAAAGGGAAAAACGGCCAAACUUUUGCUGAUGAUCCAAGGUUUUCCUAUUGCUGAACGUAAAGUUUCUCGGCUAUGCAAUUUGAGUUUGAGUAUACUUCAAGCCCUAGAGAAGAUAGACCUCAAUUUGAAGAAUUGGGCUUUCAUGUCCUUGGACAUAAACUCCACUAACCAUUUUGAUAAUGCAAACCCAGAUGAAAUCAAAAUAUUCAACACAAAUGUUAGUUUGCGUGUUAUAUCCUCUUGUCAAGAGCUCACAGUUAAACUCAACAAGAUAACAGCAGACAUAGACUUUAUUACAAACGCCCUGAGAUCAUUGUCUCCAAUAGAGUAUAUCAGUGAUAGUGGCACGCUUCUAACGACACUUACGUUGCGAAGCAUCAAACUUAAGGACGAACUUCGAGACAAAGUGACAAUUGCAUACCUGAAGGCCAAACUUAUAACGAUCGGAAGUGAUCUAGAAUCCAUGUUGGCCGAUAAUCCCAAUGAUGAAAGCGCAACAGUUGCAUCUUACAAGCAAUUUGUUGUUAGUUUGCUCAACCAGCUAAAUAAGGCGAUUGAGGUGGACAAUACGGAAGACAGAAAUGAGUGUCUUGCUGUCAUUAGCGAUAUGGAACAGAUGUUUGAAGUCUUCAAACUAGAAAGAGCACUGCAAAAGCAAGCAUCAGAUUCGUCAGAUCUUGUUCCUGCGUCUCAAGAACCUGUGAAACUAGAGCCGGAUUUCUCUCUGAGUCCUUCCAAAUUCGAUUACUCCGACGAGUACGAGUCUUCCGAUGAAGCUUCCACUUCUCAAUCCAUGUCGCUGCAUACACAGCCUACGGUACACUCUAUCACAAAGCAUUCUCUUUCGAGGUCGCCUGAUCUGUCGUAUGUCUCUAAACGACGCGAAUCUCUUUCUUCCUUUACAUCUGCCAGCAUUCUACACAAGUCUACAAUUUCAGAAGAGCUACCCUAUCUUAUGUCUGCAUUUAAUCUGGCAAAAACACUCGAGGAAGAUGUGCAUCAUUUCAAGGAGAAGGAAAAGGAAAAAGAAAAAGAAACACCGCAGAAGCUGGUUAGCGAAGUACCAUCUACUCCCACGCCCAAACAUUUUAUUCCUCACAAGGCACAUCUCCCAAAUACGCUGUUGUAUUCUGAUAGCAGGAUUAUUCAAAAACCUCUUUCUUCUCCCGGUGCAUAUUUGUAUGCCAACAACUCGUUGCUUUCGAAGUUGGGUAUUAAGCCCCAAGUGAUCUCAGCCGAUGUACCAAGACAAUUGAGUGAUAGUACUUUUGUCAACCGGUCUUCGCAAAGCCAGCUACCUAGUCCUGGAUCGCCUCCGUAUGGCUAUGGAUCCGCUCUUCUUAAUGGGAAGAAGGACGACAAAGAGAAUGCUGACGAAAGACCACCAUUGACAAAAGAGAAUCUCGAAUCUCACACCGUCUCUUCAUUGGUUCUCACCGAUGCGUUGCAUGCUGAUUUUGUGGAGUAA